AUGGUACUAUCAAAUGGUUAUAAAUGUGAUGGUGGUAAUAGAACAAUACGUUGGUCACAAUUUUGCGAUGGAAUUAUUGAUUGUUAUGAUCGUUUUGAUGAAGAAGGACAUUUUUGUAAACUUUGUAUAAACAAUCUUUAUUCAUGUCCACCAAAAGAUGAUAUACGUUGUGAUUUAGCAUGUAAAAUGCUUCAUUAUGUACCAUGUCAAACCAUACAAGAUCGUCGAGCAUGUCAUAACAUUGAAAAAGAUUUUGUUACUAUUAUGAUUUUUCUUGUCUUAAUUGGUCUUAUUAUUCCAAUUAAAUAUCUUAUUCGUAGACAUCGACAAAAUAUAGUCAAUACUACACCAAUAUCAUUAAAUCAUUCUUAUGUUUCAAAUCGUCAAAUCGAAACAGAUACAUUAUCUAGUCAUACAUAUGAACAAUGUUAUGAACCACCAUCUUAUGAAACUGUACAAAAAUGUCCAUUGAUGAAAACAUAUUAUGAACAUGUUGUAUGA